UUGACAGCCAGCUUGACCCGGGCCGGGGUCCUCUUUAUACCAUCCGUGGUGUGAAUGGAAGUUAAUAAACACAUAGCUAAAAUAAACUAUCCACUUUCUUCCAGACGAGUUGGUUUAGUAACUUUAACCGCGUUACGGUUACACGUACGAACGUCAUUCGGUGCAGGGUACUCUCCAAUAGAUAACCAACGUAUCUUGUUUCUGGGAACUUUAAACUAUAAAAUAGUUUCAUUAUCCUGGUACUUUCAGCUAGCUUAGCUGAAUGUGUUGACCAACGUCCCUUUGCUGUGUUCAUAUUUCCACUUAAGGAGAUGGAGAGUUACCCCGCAGUCACUGACGGCGAUUCUACAAAACACCAAGAAAGACAUUACUACCUGUUAUCUGAACUGCAAACCUUAGUCAAAGAUUUACCAAGCUCCUUCCAGCAGCGCCUGUCCUACAGCACGCUGGGUGACCUGGCUCUAGCACUCAUAGAUGGGACGGUCUAUGAGAUUGUGCAGGGGCUUCUGGAUAUUCAGCAUCUCACAGAGAAAAAUCUGUACAACCAGAGGCAAAAGCUGCACUGUGAACACCAAGCACUCAAACAAGAUCUUGUACGAAAACACAAAGAUGCCUUGCAGUCAUGCAAGUCUCACAACCUCGCGCUUCUCAAAUCUAACCAACAAGCGGAGCAAGAGGCUCUGGAAAUUCGUGUGCGAGAGGAACAAAGAAUGAUGGAUAAGAAGAUUGUAGCCGAAAUGGAUCAAAAGGUGAUAGACCAGCAAAACACCUUGGAGAAAGCAGGAGUCCCCGGAUUUUAUAUCACCACUAAUCCUCAGGAGCUGACAAUGCAGAUGAACCUACUUGAACUGAUCCUCAAGCUUCAACAGAAGGAGUCACAAUCUGGAAUUAUUUGAGCAAGAGGCCUGUUUGUGCCCAAAGAGGGGUAAAAGUCAUGCAAUGGCCACAGAUUGCGUAUGCUCAAAUUCCAGUAAUUGUGAAUGCAACUUGUGUCAGUCAACAUGUGUCAGUCAACGUGGUUCUCUUUCACAACAUGUUUACCACUUGCUGUUAUAAGGGUACUAUUCACCAGAAGGCUGGUUCUUGAGUGGAUCAAGGAAGACGUUUCCAGUCCUGGGAGAGAGCAGUAGCAGAUUGAACAUAUUGUAAAGCUCUUAAAUACCAGGACACACAUUGUGAAAUUAUGAAAUGAAUAUGUUGCAAGUCCUUUACAGACACAUAUUAUACAUAUUUAAGCAGAGUGUUGAGGGAGCCCGCUCUGCCCGCAAUUAAAUAGUGGAGCGUCAAUAUGUAUGGGAUUACUGUUGCGACCCUCCUGCAGUGAGAUGGCCUCCUGAGUGUCAUGUAUGUUUUGCUACUGUUGAUACUUUAAUGUGUAUUGUGUUUUUUAUCUGUUUAGUUUGUUUUAGUUGCAUUGCUACUAGGGGUGCAAAUUACAUUUUGAGCUUACCCCUACACAUUUACAUAGUUUCUUUUUUUUCUUAAAUGGGAGUGUUGCUUAAAGGGGCUGUACUCGUAAGGGCGUCCAGAGCCGAUAAUUAAGUCACA